AUGCAUGCCACCACCUCCUCUCUCUACCCACAACACCUAAUCCAUCUCUCAUCCACCACCAGCCCACCCACAUUGCCACCACCCCUACAUCUCUGCAGUUCCCCUUUCAUAUUCUGUCCCAAGACUACUAAGAAGAUUAAGUUGAUAAGACAGAGGUUACUUACAGCUCAGAGCCGACAGAAGAGCUAUGCGGAUAAGCGGAGACGACCGUUAUCCUUUGAGGUGGGAGACCACGUUUUUCUACGGGUUUCUCCACGGAAGGGAUUGAUGAGAUUCGGAAAAAGUGGCAAGUUGUCGCCACGAUUUAUUGGACCGUUUAAGAUUUUGGACCAAGUAGGAGAGGUUGCCUACAGGCUUGCUUUGCCACCACAGUUGGAUAGGGUCCACAAUUUUUUUCAUGUAUCGAUGUUACGGAAGUACGAACCGGAUCCAUCUCACAUUUUGAGUUGGGUAGAUGUGGACAUUGAUGAGGAUGUUUCCUACGAGGAAGGACCAGUUCAGAUUCUUGACACACAACAGAAGGUGUUGAGGAACAAGACGAUACCAAUGGUGAAAGUCCUUUGGAGACACCACGAAGUCAAGGAGGCUACUUGGGAGCUCGAACAGGAGGUUCGAUCUAAGUACCCAGCGCUGUUUUCUUCUCCAGGUAUGUCUUGA